CUCUACACUGCAGGAGUCUGUUAUGAAGUGUGUUUUCUGAGCACACAAGGGGAACAGUUACACCAGAGGAGAGAGAAAACGUUAACUAUGAUCUCCAUUCUGGUGUCUAUAACAUGAUGAAUCUGAGCCAUCAAGCAGCACUGGAUUCUGUUGAUUCACAACCAACGCUCUGUUUAAUGCUGCUAAAGUUCCCUUGAAGAGGACAAGCCAUUAAAGGUAAUGGCCAUAACUAAGAAUGGCUUGACCAUCUUUGCCCUUGUCGUGACACUUGUUAUUUUGGGAACACAGAACAUCUUUGAGUUUUCACGUCUGGUUUCACCGCCUCAGGAAGGCGAAACAGAAGAAGACUGUCUACCUCACACCAGACAGAGAAGAAAUGGGCAGUACAACAGUUUAGUAUCAUCAAAUAUGAUGAACCAACAGUUUGCUCAGCAAGCUCCGAUUGAGUAUGAAGUGGAGGUGGAGCUGAAUGUGACAGAUGUUGGGGCAGUGGAUUAUCUCAGGAGACUGCUGAACAACAGCACCUUUUCCCUGGCUGUGGGUCCCACUGUGAAUGUCACGCACAUUGACAUCAACACAGUGUGUUACCCAAAUGGCACCAACUUCCAGUGCAAAUGUGAAGAUCAGUAUGUUUGGUCACACACAAACUGUGUAACAUAUGGAGCCUGUGAUGCGAUCACUAACGACACGUGCAGAUGCAUCAACAGUAUCCCAACCAAUGGAGAAUACUGCCAGCCAAAGACAGAAGUUGUUCAGCUGUACGGAUACAUGCUCGAAGUGGAAGUCGGCGUCAGCGACAUUGCACUGGUGGGACCGUUAACAGACGCCUUGGAGAACAUCAGUUUUCCUGUUAGAGUCAGCAACACAGUCAACAUCACGCAAAUUGACAUUUUAUUUACUGUGCCGUCAAUUAUUUAUGAAUACCAGAUCUUCAUUGAGGUGGAGACUACAGAUGCAGAUCAGCUGAGAAACACCCUGAAAAACAUAACUUUCCCGGCCCAAAUAAGCACGCAAGUAAACAUCUCAAACGCUGAUAUAACUACAGUUUGCAGCCAAGAUGGCGCUGGUUUCCAGUGCCGCUGUGAGGAUGACUACCUUUUGCCUUGUGACAAAUGUGCCACCUACGGAAAAUGUGACAGUGAUACAAACAACACGUGCAGCUGCAUCAGAGCGAUUCCCACAGAUGGACAAUACUGUCAGUCAAUACAGCAUCAAAACCUUACAGGAUGUUCUCUGGAAACAGUUGUUUAUGAGUACAUCGUUUCUGUUGAGUUGAACAUCUCAGAUGUUUCGUUGAUCGAUCAACUGAGGACCAUUGUGAACAACAUCAGUUCCCCCAUCAGCAUCAACAACCACAUACAAAUCUCUGAGGUCAACAUUUCUACAGUUUGCUCUCCGAGCAGCGGUGGUUUCCAGUGCAGAUGUGAGGAUCAAUACAUUUGGUCAUGUGACCAAUGUUUAACAUACGGAUCCUGUGACAACAGCACCUAUGACACAUGUGGUUGCAUCAAUGCUCUUCCUCCUGAUGGACAAUAUUGCCAGCCUGUUGACCAAUACAACUUCACAGCUUGUCUCCCAUCAACACCCUCUCCACCAACAACUCCUCCAGUUGUUUAUGAGUACAUCAUUUCUGUUGAGUUGAACAUCUCAGAUGUUUCACUGAUCGAUCAACUGAGGACCAUUGUGAACAACAUCAGUUCCCCCAUCAGCAUCAACAACCACAUACAAAUCUCUGAGGUCAACAUUUCUACAGUUUGCUCUCCGAGCAGCGGUGGUUUCCAGUGCAGAUGUGAGGAUCAAUACAUUUGGUCAUGUGACCAAUGUUUAACAUACGGAUCCUGUGACAACAGCACCUAUGACACAUGUGGUUGCAUCAAUGCUCUUCCUCCUGAUGGACAAUAUUGCCAGCCUGUUGACCAACACAACUUCACAGCUUGUCUCCCAUCAACACCCUCUCCACCAACAACUCCUCCAGUUGUUUAUGAGUACAUCAUUUCUGUUGAGUUGAACAUCUCAGAUGUUUCACUGAUCGAUCAACUGAGGACCAUUGUGAGCAACAUCAGUUCCCCCAUCAGCAUCAACAACCACAUACAAAUCUCUGAGGUCAACAUUUCUACAGUUUGCUCUCCGAGCAGCGGUGGUUUCCAGUGCAGAUGUGAGGAUCAAUACAUUUGGUCAUGUGACCAAUGUUUAACAUACGGAUCCUGUGACAACAGCACCUAUGACACAUGUGGUUGCAUCAAUGCUCUUCCUCCUGAUGGACAAUAUUGCCAGCCUGUUGACCAAUACAACUUCACAGCUUGUCUCCCAUCAACACCCUCUCCACCAACAACUCCUCCAGUUGUUUAUGAGUACAUCAUUUCUGUUGAGUUGAACAUCUCGGAUGUUUCGUUGAUCGAUCAACUGAGGACCAUUGUGAGCAACAUCAGUUCCCCCAUCAGCAUCAACAACCACAUACAAAUCUCUGAGGUCAACAUUUCUACAGUUUGUUACCCUAAUGGAACGACACAUCAGUGCAGAUGUGAAGGGCAGUUUCUUUGGCCUUGUCACAUGUGCUCCACUUAUGGCAAAUGUUAUGAAGGAUUUGACAACAGCUGUAGAUGCAUCAACACCAUUCCUCCAGAUGGCUCUUACUGCCAGCCGUGGACAGAACUCUUCAUUUGUCCAUCACCAAGUCCUCCAAAUGAUUCAACAUCUGUUACCACAACAGCUACUAACACUACAACAGCUGCAACACCAACAACAUCUGUAACAAAUACAACAACAGACGCUACAACGGGUGCGAACACAACAAUGUUUACGACAACACCAACAACAGCUGUAACAAAUUCAACACAUUUUACCACAACAGAUAUGAACACGACAACAACUGCUACACCAACAACAACGGUAACAAAUUCAACAACAGACGCUACAACAGGUGCGAACACAACAACGUUUACGACAACACCAACAACAACUUUAACAAAUUCAACAACAGGUGUGAACACAACAAUUUUUACCACAACACCACCAACAACAACUGUAACAAAUUCGACAACAGUCGCUACAACAAGUUUGAACACAACAACAGUCGCUACAACGGGUGUGAACACAACAACAUUCACUACAACGGGUGUGAAUACAACAACAGCUGCUACAACGGGUGUGAACGCAACAACAGUAGCUACAACGGGUGUGAACGCAACAACAGCAGCUACAACAGGUGUGAACACAACAACAGCUGCUACAACGGGUGUGAACGCAACAACAGUAGCUACAACGGGUGUGAACACAACAGUAGCUACAACAGGUGUGAACACAACAACAGUAGCUACAACGGGUGUGAACACAACAACAGUAGCUACAACGGGUGUGAAUACAACAACAGUCGGUACAACAGGUUUGAACACAACAACAGUCGCUACAACGGGUGUGAAUACAACAACAGUCGCUACAACGGGUGUGAAUACAACAACAGUCGGUACAACGGGUUUGAACACAACAACAGUCGCUACAACGGUUGUGAACACAACAACAGUCGCUACAACGGGUGUGAACACAACAACAGUCGCUACAAUGGGUGUGAAUACAACAACAGUCGGUACAACAGGUGUGAACACAACAACACUCACUACAACAGGUGUGAAUACAACAACAGCUGGUACAACAGGUGUGAACACAACAACAGUCGCUACAACGGGUGUGAGCACAACAACAGUCGCUACAACGGGUGUGAACACAACAACAGUCCCUACAACAAGUGUGAGCACAACAACAGUCGCUACAACGGGUGUGAACACAACAACAGUCCCUACAACGGGUGUGAACACAACAACAGUCCCUACAACAAGUGUGAGCACAACAACAGUCGCUACAACGGGUGUGAACACAACAACAGCUGCUACAACAGGUGUGAGCACAACAACAGCCGCUACAACGGGUGUGAACACAACAACAGUCGCUACAACACCAAUACCAACAAUAAAUGUAACACCUACUGAUGUGACCAGCCGAAAUACCACAAUCAGCUCACUGUCAGAUGCUCCAACCACACCUACUUCAACUACUAGCGCGGCUACUACUACUAUCACUUCCCCCACAACAACCACUACUACGGGAAUCAACCUGGAAAUGUCGAUUAGAUUAGACAUGGACUACACAUCAGAAUUAAAUGAUCCAACAAGUGCAGAGUACAGGGACCUUGUAUCACGUAUUCUUCCAGUGGUAAAAGACCUGUAUAAAGAAAUCUCAGGAUAUAUCGGUGUUUCUGUGACGAGAUUCAGAGAAGGAAGCGUAAUUACAGACUUUGUUGUUGAGACAACACAAAUUGUCCCUGGUGAAAUAGCCACUGCAAUUCAAAAUCUCCCUGAUGCAAUGAUUGGUAUUGCCCCUGUCAUUGGCCCAGUUUCUGCAUUUUACAGGAGUUCAACACCAAUCAGCAUUCCUGACCUCACUUAUACUGGGAACACCAUGACGCUGACGUGUGGCCCUCCAAGAAAAAUUAAUGUGGGACAGAUUGAUAGUUCUGCAUGGAAAUUUAAAGGACGGGAAAUUAAAAAUGAUGGAAGGAUGGAAAUAAAUACUACUGACAAUAUAUCUGAGCUUAAAGUUAAAAACAUCAUUCUUGCUGAUAGGGGAUUUUACACUUGUACUCUGAGGAGCACAGCACUGGAUUUCCUCCAAGAAGGAGAUGUAACAGAAGCUAAUAUCAGACAAGCUCCCAUUGUGCGACUACAGAGUGAAGUUAACGUAAGAUGCGAAAACGAAGCGAUGCAACCACUAACGUGUUGUGUGCAGCGCCCCUUCAUGGUCGAGUGGUUUCUAGAUGGAAACCAAUUACAGUCAGUAAAGGAUGGAGAAGCCAACUGCAUCAGGCAUGAUUACAACCUAAGAAGCUGCAGUGGAUCACCGCAAAAAACACUACGUUUUAUAUGUAGGGUAGUUGACGCUACGAGUUAUGAAAUGACAAUGAUAAUGACCAUUUUCCAAGAUGCUGUCAGGUGUAAUGACACUCAGUAUGGGGUCGGGCGAGAAGGGGACAGAUCAAGCAUAGAGUGUGCUCAAGGUCAAGAGGGAAGCAAGACUGCCAUCUGUCAGGAAACAGGAGAGUGGAAACUUCAGGAGGAUACCUGCAUUGUAACAAAAAUCAAGGAACUAUUAAUUGAUUCACAGGAUUUGGCGAAGGACGAAGUGCCACAAUUUGUGGCAAAUCUAAAUGAAACUGUCCAGCAACAGCGAACAGAAAUUGCAAAUUCAUCUGCGACCAUAUCAGCUGUCGUUGACAUCCUUAACACCGUCGCAACCGUUUCAACUGCUGUGAAUGAAACUGUCAUGCAUGAUGUAAUAUCCACUAUUGAUUCCAUUGUUGGUGAGGAUGCGAGAGAGUCCUGGGCAAUUCUGAAUGCGAAUGAAACCCGCAACUCCAGCUCAGUGUUACUGGGUUCUCUGGAGACUAUCUCAGAUCAACUGGUUGGGGAGUUUUCCAUCAAGACCACACGGAUCCUGCUCAACAGAACCACGUUUAACAACUCCUUCAGGGCAGACCUGAACUCCAGCAUCGUCAUAGACAUUCCAAACACCAACAUUAACAAAGUCUCCAUUACCACCAUCACCCUGUCCACCCUUAAUAAUGUCAUGCCAUCACGGAACUCCACCUUUGAUGCCAGCCUCUUCAACGCCACCAGCAAUGAAACUGUCAGUGACAACGCCAUCAACGCAGCUGUGUUGCUCGUCAAGAUAAACGCAACGAUUAGGAAUGUCAGUCUGAGCUACGACAAGCUGAACAACUCCUUGACGCUGAACCCACAGUGUGUCUUCUGGAACUUUACACUCUUCGGUAAUCUUGGAGCGUGGGAUGAUGAAGGGUGCGAGUUUGUUUCAGACAAAAAUAACACAGUAACCUGCCACUGUAACCACCUGACCUCCUUCUCCAUUCUGAUGGCGACGAAAAUCCCUCCAUCUCUGAGAGAAGCUUUGGAUAUAAUCACUUAUGUUGGAGUUGGGAUAUCUCUGGCAAGCUUAGUCAUAUGUCUGAUUAUUGAAGGAUAUGUCUGGAAAGCCAUUACCAGAAAUAGCACUGCGUUCAUGCGUCAUGUUUCCAUCGUCAAUACUGCCCUGUCUCUGCUGAUCGCUGACAUCUGUUUCCUCAUCGGCGCCUCUAUAGCGAAGAACCCCCUUGAAAACCCAGGGGAGGACCAUGCAGUUCCAAUUGGACCGUGUAGCACUGCAACUUUUUUUAUGCACUUUUUCUACCUUUCUCUUUUCUUCUGGAUGCUCGUGUCAGGACUUCUGCUCUUUUACCGGACGGUCAUGGUCUUCUCACACAUGUCCAAGUCAACCAUGUUGGCCAUUGGGUUCUGUUUAGGCUAUGGCUGCCCUCUGAUUAUAGCUGUUAUUACUGUUGCCGUCACAGCAUCAGGGAAUGGAUACAUCAGGAGAUUCGACGCUUGCUGGCUGAACUGGAUUGAGACAAAGGCCCUCCUGGCCAUGGUGAUACCUGCCUUGACCAUAGUUUUCAUCAACAUUUUAAUCGUAGUUGUGGUCUUGUUCAAAAUGCUGAGAAGAGGCACGGGAACCACUGCCCAUCCAGAUGAAAAACAUACUCUGGUGGUCAUUACAAGAUGUGUGAUCAUUUUGACUCCUUUAUUUGGACUGACCUGGUCUUUGGGAGUGGGAACCAUGGUGUCAUCAACAAAUAAAGGAAUCCAUAUUGCCUUCGCAUUCUUCAAUUCACUACAGGGUUUCUUCAUUUUAGUGUUUGGGACACUAUUCGACUCAAAGAUCCGUUCUAUCCUCUCAAGGAGAGUACCUACAACAAGCACCGGCACUGGCUCUAAUUCAACAGGAAGUACGAGUGGUGGCAUUUCCUCAUUGAGUGGAACAAAUUUUAUAAGUCGACUACUUGGAAGAAGAUAUAUCUACAAUGUUUCACAAGCUGCCAGCUCUAACAGCGGAGGUGCAUCAGAGUCAUUUGUCAAUAUCUGAAUCAAUACAACAAUCUGUACAUAAAAUGAUUUAAAUAUUCAUAAGAUUUGUCAGGUAUUCAUUCAAGUACAUUGUGAGGUAUUCAUUUUCAGUAGAUAAUCAGAAACUAGGUUUUUAUGACAAUUUGAAGUUCACUGGAAUGAUAAUGUAAAUGGUGGUGCAACAAACAUGUUUUGAAAUCAAGAGAUCACUGUUCUCACUGUUUUGAAACAGUUGACGCUGCUGUGUUUGGUAACACUUAAAGAUCACACAAGCCAGAGUAGUAACAAAGGAACUUGUAAGAAGGAAGCAUUUUGUUCACUAGUAAUUCCUGAUCAAUACGUCAUAGGAUGCUCUAUUUUAAAGUAGCUCUAGCAUCCUACAACUUAGGUGAAAAGUAGCUGAUUUCACAAUUAACACUAAUAACUCAGAUUUCUCUGUAUUUUAUUGCUAUGUGUCACCAUAUUUAAAGCUAGAUCUUUUGUGUGGAGUUGAUAGACAUUAAGAUUGGUACAUUUUCCUUUGGAAACUACAUUAUUUAGUCUCAUCCCAGCGGCCACUAGACACCAAUGUAAUGUCAGAAAGAAUUUGGACUCUCAUGUCAGACAGAUGUUAAAUUUCAUUUGGAAAUGAAAAUUGGGUUGUCGGCUAACUGACGUUGAGUUUUGCUCACAAAUUGAAUGCUGAUUGAAUAUGUUUUAUAUAUCAAGAUGGUGUUGGCAUUAGACAUUCAGAAGACUUUGGUUUUAGUUACUUAGUUACAGCUGCUGUCAGUAUUCUACAUCAAAUUGACGUUGGCAUUUAACGUUGUCCUGACGUUGAAUUUUGGUCACCUGACGUCACAACCUACACUCAACCAAAUAUCAACAGCUAACAAAGUUUUUGGUCCAGCUGCAUACCUGCAGGGAUUAUUGAUGUGCCAUUUUUAUAUCAUAAACAAAACCCACUGUCUGAAAAAAAAAAUGUUUGAUCAAAUGAUUCAAGACCAUCUCAUAUACCAGCAGCCAAAAAAAAGACUUAUAUAAUAUGAGAUGCAAACAGAUGAGAUACAUAUCAUUCAGGUGAAUGUUGGUAAUGUUGCUUCAGAGGCCUUUGGAAACACAAAGAGUGGAAUGGUAAUGUUUUGGCUAAUAAUAAAAACUGUACCUGUUCAGAUAAAUGAGGUUUAUCUUAUAAAAUCUUAAUUUAAAUGCAUGUACACUGCUGGAAAAACAGUGUCUGCUAACUGCUAGCCACUUGCACUUAUGCCCGAUAACUUAAAUCAGUAAAAGUUCAAGUGCUGUCAUAAAAUCAUGGUCUGUUGGCGGUGUAAGCAAAUGUAUUUUGCCUAUUGUCUGAAAAGUUAAAUUGAAUUUUGCUAGCUGUGUGGCCAAUCAAUAACUCGUGUUAGCUUAACAGCAGCCACGGCACACGCACAAACUGAAAACAUAAUUUCCAUGACCUGCAAUGUUUUUGAUGCAAAUUGUUGUUUUCAUAAUUCAGCUUCUGUCUAAUGUGCAUUGUGCUUUAAAAUUGAAAUUCAAUUGAAAAUUGAAAUUGAAACAAAGAACUAGUAAUGCAGUGAAACAUUAGCUCCAAACAUUUGCUAAAUAAGAUGCUUAUUGUGAAAUAAUGUGUGUAUUCAUUGAGUUUUCAAUGUACAGUAGAUUUAUUUUUUCAAAUCAUUUAUUUUUGUAAAUUAUGAAUAAAAACAUACAAUAUUGAAAGUGUACUUUCUCAUAAGAUACCACACAGACCAUUGCUUUUCCACUAUGUUGACUAAAUGAUUGAUCUGUCACAAAAUGAGCACAAGACAACGCUUAAAUCUUAAAAAAUAAAUAAAUUAAGGCUCAACUCCUAUAUAUGAUAUAGUCUACUUAAUACUCACCCAAUUACAAUAAUGACUCGAUGAUGGAUCCUACAAUUUCUACAGCGAAAUGAAACUGCCCCAAGCCCACAGACCCUCUGCUCAAGGGCCAGGGUCACUAUGUUGUUAAAGGUCUUGAAUAGGAUGUAAAAUUACCAGUAAAGUUAACAAAACUUCUUGCAUUAAGAAGAAAAAUUUAUAUUCCAUGUAUAUUUUUAUAUUUAUUUAUUUGAUAUUUGUGAGUAUGAAUAAAAUAGAAAUAUGCACACGCAGUCUUCAGAUUUAUAAAAUGCUGCUAGUGGGGUUCCAUAAAUCUUAAUUAUUGUGAAACUGUGUUCACUAGGGCAAGGCUGUGUCCACUCAUGACUAAGUGUUGUUAAGAUACACAUACUGCACUGUGCACACAGUAAACACACUUUUAUCACCAUCACAAUUUAAGUGCUCACAAGUCACAAAUGCAGGAGUACCAAGUACUUUUCAGUAGAUGGCAGUAAUGCAACAUAAUGCUUGGAUCAGAGAUGAUACAGAACUCAACAUGCAAGUAACUAAUGUCAAGCUGACUUCUUCCUCAUUUCAGUCAUAUCUGACAGAAAACCUCUUACAGACAGAAGGCAUUUGUGCUUGUAAUUACCUGUGUCACUUGUGGCUGAUUAACUUGUUACAAAGUUAGCAAGCCAAUCAUUACCAUUGCAACAGCUGGCUGCACUUUUUUUUAACUAGUAACUUGUUUGCUUAGUUAAUUAAUAGUUGCUUAGUUAAAAAAUAUCACCUGUAUAAGAGUAAUUGAGAAUUGACCAUGGUGAAAUUCAGAAUUAAGGUUGUUUAAACUAAUGGCAUAUUUGUGCCAACUGCAGUUGCGGUUUUGAGUUAUAGUCUUUUAAAGUUUUAUUACCCUUAUUGACAUGUUCCAAAACUAAAUUAAUUAAAAAUAACUAUUAUUUCUACCCAUCACUUAUUUAAUAGAUUUACAUUCUUCUCAAAAGUUACGAAGUAAGGGUUUCCGGGUAAAUUCUAAAUUGACCAAUGAGCUUGCGCCCUGUCAUUUCUGAUAACUUGCGUGAGUGGACGUCAACGUCUUUUUCUCAACAUGAUAGGAAGAAACGGGCAUUUUCAGCAAAUGGACGAUUCAGUUUGCAGAGAAAUGUUUAGUCAAAAAAAAAAAAAAAAAAAGAGCGGCGCUCAGGAGAGGAACGGUAGAAGAGAACAGGAUGAGUUUAAUGCUAAAAGGGUGAAACUUUUUUCUCACCAUGCAUCAGGUUCAUCGAAUGCUAACGUUGACGUGCAGCCGGAAGCUAACGUUAGCUGAGUUGGCUACGCUCUCAAUAGAGAACAGCAGAGCCAGGAAUUUGGACUUGAGCAGUGUUGCUAAUGACUUUGCUGAGCGAAGGCCCGACGCUUGAACUUCUAAUGGUUGGGAUGGCAUUACCAAAGGCAGUAGGAUACAUCAUUUUUCUUCUAGCUAUAUUCUACAGUCUGGAGAAUCAGGGAUACAGA